AGCGAAACAGGAAGAGGAGAAGGAAAGAGGGAAGAAGAGGAGCAGGAGGAGGAGGGGGAUGGAGAGGAGAAGGCUCCUAGGCAGCAUGGCGCUCCUGCUCCUCCAGGCGCUGCCAAGCCCCUUGUCAGCCAGGGCCGAGCCCCCUCAGGAUAAGGAAACCUGUGUGGGCAUCAACAAUCAGAGUUACAUAUGUGACACGGGACACUGCUGUGGACAGUCGCAGUGCUGCAACUACUACUAUGAACUCUGGUGGUUCUGGCUGGUGUGGACUAUUAUAAUAAUACUGAGUUGCUGCUGCGUUUGCCAUCACCGACGUGCCAAGCAUCGCCUGCAGGCCCAGCAGCGGCAACAUGAGAUUAACUUGAUUGCCUACCGGGAAGCCCACAACUACUCAACGCUGCCAUUUUAUUUCAGGUUUUUGCCAAACUAUUUACUACCUCCUUAUGAGGAAGUGGUGAAUCGACCUCCAACCCCUCCCCCACCAUACAGUGCCUUGCAACAGCAGCAGCAGCAGCCACAGCCGCCGCCUCAGUGUAUCCCGGUGGGCGACAGCCCAACGGGCCCCGAUCCCUCCAGGAAUCUCCAGGCGGCCCAGAGCAGCCCCCCAGGCAUGGCCGGCGGGAACGGCAGUGGAAACGGCCUCCGGCCGCCAAGCGUCGCGGCCCCCGAACCCCCCACGGCACCCGUGGACCGAGCAGCCCCCAAAGCCCCGGGUCCAGAGCCGGGCAGCUCUGCGGCCGGGCUGGGGGAGUUAGGGGAUGCCGGGCCCUUCCUGGAGAAGGAUUCGGAAUGCAGGGAGGAACUGCUCCAAGAUUACAGCUCUGAGACCCUAGACCCCAGCGGCGCCUUCCCCGACAGCAAAGACAAGACUCCCGGCAGGCACCGCCGCUUCACGGGCGACUCCGGCAUCGAGGUCUGCGUCUGCAGCCGGGACCACCACGACGACCUCAAGGAGUUCGACGGCCUCAUAGAUGACGCCCUGGACGGUCCCCUGGACUUCUGUGACAGCUGCCACGUGCGUCCCCCCGGGGACGAGGAGGAGGGGCUGUUUCCCCCGGCCGAGGAUCAGCCCCGCGAACACGGCCACCACCACUUACCCCGCCAGCCGGCGUGCAUACUGUUGAACACAAUCAACGAGCAGGACUCCCCCAACUCGCAGAGCAACAGCUCGCCCAGCUAGAGUAGGCUCUGGCCUGCAUGGGAAAACUUAGAGAACCAAAAGGAAAAGCAAACAGAGAAAAAGGAGGCACGUUUGAAAUAACUUCUCAAGAAAGUGGUGCAGUCUGUUUUCUCUCUCUCUCUCUCUCUCUCUUUCUUUCCUUUUCCCUUCCCAGAUCUACUUUGGGGGGAUUCCUUUUCCUUCUUCCACCAAAGCACAGUACUGUGGAGAGAGUGGAUACUAAUUUUAUCUUUCUGUCAAUCUCUCCUUUUCUCCUCUUUCUCUCUUCCCCUUUCCCCCCACUAGUCUCUCUCCUCUCCUCUUUUUUUCCCCCCUCUAAAUUGUGUCCCACCUGCCAAACUGCAUCGGGGGGGUUCUCAGACUCCCAGCCCUUCUCAGGAUGGGACACUUUCUUCAAUUGUUCCUUGGUGAUGGAAUUAAGUCUGUUCUUUGACUUUAGUUUUACAGAGGUCUGUGUUACUGCCUGGUCAGUAAACCUGCAGCAAGUCUCACCACUGGGCUAGUGAGGAAAGCCAGUUUGAGUCCCACCUGGCUGUCUGUGGUCCAAGUGCUGAGAUCAGAAUAACGCGCUUGAUGGAUGAGCGCUAGUCCCAUGGGAGGGGACAAAAGGGUGUGGUGUUGGGGGGGGUGGUCAUUUGGGUUUAUGUGAGUAUGGUUGGGUGUAUGGGGUGGGGGGGUCUUUGGGGUUUUUUUUUGUUUUUUGACUUGUCAAAAAACCCCUGAGUGAGAGCUUGAGUUCAGCCCUGGGAUGCAGAAGUGAACCUUCUGGGGCUAGGGAAGGGAGAGGGUGGCCAUUUUCCAGGGGAGUUGGGUGCCCUCAGACUAAUCUCUACCUGGAGGAUGAGAGGAUAUUGAUAUUUUUUUUUGUUAUUCAUUUGUUUUGUUUUUUGUUCUCCAAACCAACCAAUAACCCACCCAGUGGGCGGGCUGGGAGAGACACUUAAGUGUUUUAAAUUCAGCUCUGGCCCAGGUCGUGCCUCCUUCCUUCAGCCGAGGCCUCUCCGGGGCAUCAGCGGCUCAGGCGUCGGGUAGCCGGGUCACAGGCGGAGGCUUGGGCUUUGGGUGGGGUGGGUCGGCGAGGGCACACGGCGUUUUGGGUCCGGCCCUUGCUAACCCAGCGAAUCUCCCUUCUCCCCCAGGAAGUAUCUGGCCAUUGUGCCUUCACGUUUCACUGUCCUAUGACAAAAAAGGGCUCUGGCCCCUGGGAAAGAACAACCCAGCAGUGUUGUGGAAAGCCCAUGUCCUGGGCAUUAUUUUUCCCUUUAGUCUAGAACAAGAUCCAGUUUUUACUUUGACCACUUGGCUGAAACAACUUAAUUGUCUAUUUUCUUUUGUUCCAUUUUUUUGUUGUUGUUGUUUUUUUAUGGUGGCAACCGGCUACUGUAGAAUGUGUGUGUCUGUGUGUUGGUGUGUAUGAGUGCGUGCGUGGGUGUGUAUGCACAAGUGCAUGCGUGUGUGUCCUGUAGUGGUGAUAUGAAGCCUGCUGUAAGACUGCAAGAAGAUAAUUGUUACUGUAGCUUUGUUUCAAACAAACAGUAGAGCUUUGUUAGUAAUAACCUGACUAGGGGAGAGAAACAAACAGCCGAGACUAACAUUCCCCGGGUAUCCCCGAGGGAGUGGGCAGGACCCAGUUUAUAUGAAGGGGUUGGCUAUUUUUCCCCCCUCUUGAACCAUGAUCGCGGUAGAUCAUUAAGGUAAUGGGAAGUCAAACCAUGGUGGGCGAGCGGGCCCUUGCGGUUGGAUUUGAUGAUGGAUUUGAUCAUCAGACCCAAAUCGGUUUUAAGCAAGGUGAAAACACAAAAUGCCGAGACUCUUUAUUUGGUGGGGGGGGGAUAACCUGUGUGUCUGUCUUAUUUUGUGAGCCAAGAGGAUUCAAAACCCUGUGUUUCCUGUGAAUCAAAUUUGAAGCAGGCAUUCUGUUCAUGUUAAACCAAAAUGUUUGGAGCUAAAUGUGGAUCUCAAGGUAAUUUAUUUUAAAAGCAUUUACCUGUUUACUGAACAAAUGUGUACAGUCUGACUGUGUAUUUUGUAUGUCCAACGGAACCUUCUUAUACAGAAGUCCAUUAUUUUUUCCAGAGAAACUUUGCUGUAAGUAGAGGUUUUACUCUACCCAUCAUUGCAAUUUGCACUUUGCUGCAUUGAAACUGAGGUCUAUGUUCUGUUCAUGAAUAUGGAAUCACGCUCUAAACAUGUGUGCAUGAGCAUUGUUUUCCUUGCUCUCUCUGCCUCCCCUCCCACCCCCUCUCUGCGCUCUCUCUCUCUCUUUACUCCCACCCCCACCCCCCCACCACCUCACCCCGGGGUAUCGCGAAUAACCGCGGAGAGGUUGGCGGUCCAGUGGCUCUUCAGCCACAAUCCGGGUGUUCUGCUGCUCCUCGCUCAGGGAUCUGCCCCUGUCUCGGUUUCCAGAGUAAUGGGCAGGUCCAGCCAUGUGGUUGGAUUUUUUUUGCCCCAAGUGGCUGGGGGAGAGGGGCAUCUCUGGGUGCUUGGAACUGAAUGGAGGAAUUAUUGGGAGUUUUUUUCUCUUUUCUCCUCAAACAACUCACUGAAACAUCUGCCAAGAGGGCUGGUUUUACCAAGGUGAGUCCUGUUUCACCACCCCUGUUUGUUGGGGUGGAUCCUGGUCUCCUUGUUUAGGUCUCCCCAGACUAGAAGGGGGAACUGCAAUUUGACUGUUCAGGGCCCAGAUUGGAUGGUUUGUUUGGCCUGGGGACUCCAAUUUGACAGGGGUAAUGUUUGAUGGGGAUAAAAAGAAAAUUCAGGUAGUGGAACCUAAAUCCAGAGGUUGAAUUCUGCUCCUUUUUUCCCUCGCCUACUACCCGCCCCAUGCCCCAAAAGGAACCUGGUGAUGGGGGUUUAGGUGGGCCGGGCCCUCUAAGCCCAUGGGGACCCCCAAAUCAUUAUCUUUGGUUUACUGGUGAAUCAGGACAAUGGGUGUGAAUUUGGUUUGGGGUUUGGUGCUAAAGUUGGAAGAUUAGCAAAUGCUGACACAUUCCUAUGUGUCUGCAUGUGUAACAAGUGUAUGCAGCACAUAAACAUUUGUUGGUUGUUGUGAAUACAUGUAUUUUAAGCAAUAAGAUGCAACUGGGAAUUCAGUCCCGGGCAGUCUUAAUAACACAUUUCCCCGCGCUGUAGAGCACAUUGAAGACGGGGUGACUGAAAUCACUCAGAGAAGCCCAAAUAAAACCAAU